UAAAAAGACAAAGUAGUAAUUAAUAUGAUCCUUAUAAAUAGAGUUAUCUGGUUCUAUGAUCAUGUACAAUAAUCUUGGGCUCUUUAAUUUCUCUUACCCUUUCUUCAUUGGUGUAAAGAUGGCGUCCAAACCUGGCAUUCUUACUAACUGGCCAUGGCACCCUCUCGGCAGUUUCAAGUGGGUGAUUGUUACACCAUGGGUUGCACAUAGCAUCUACUCUUUCAUAGUGAAAGAUUCAAGUGAGAAAGACCUUGGUUACUUCCUCAUCUUCCCAUACAUGAUGGUGCGGAUGCUACAUGAUCAAAUUUGGAUCACUCUUUCUCGCUAUAGAACUGCCAAAGGGAACAACAGAAUCGUUGACAAGGGAAUUGAGUUUGAACAAGUUGAUCGAGAAAGCAAUUGGGAUGACCAGAUCUUGUUCAAUGCGAUCAUAUUUUAUAUGGGUAUCAUGUAUGUUCCAGAGGCUUCCCAGUUACCUUUGUGGAAAACCGACGGUGUGGUUAUGACAGUUCUGCUUCAUGCGGGACCAGUGGAGUUUCUUUAUUACUGGCUACACAGAGCACUUCACCACCACUUUCUCUACUCAAGAUACCAUUCUCACCACCAUUCUUCCAUUGUUACCGAACCGAUUACGUCUGUGAUCCAUCCAUUUGCAGAACACAUAGCCUACUUUUUGCUAUUUGCGAUUCCAUUAUACACAACAGUGAUUACCAAAACUGCAUCGAUAGCAUCUUUUGCUGGUUAUGUGGCAUACAUUGAUUUCAUGAACAAUUUGGGUCACUGUAAUUUCGAGUUCAUUCCAAAGGCUGUCUUCUCCAUCUUUCCCUUCCUAAAGUACAUUAUGUAUACGCCAACGUUCCACUCUCUGCAUCAUACUCAGUUUCGGACAAACUACUCACUCUUCAUGCCCAUUUAUGAUUACAUUUAUGGCACUGUGGACAAGACUACAGACACCUUAUAUGAAACAUCUUUGAAGAGAGAUGAAGCUUCACCUGAUGUGGUACAUCUAACACACCUCACAACCCCUGAGUCUAUCUAUCAUCUAAGAUUGGGAUUUUCUUCAUUAGCCUCCAAACCACAAACUUCUACAUGGUACUUCUACUUAAUGUGGCCAAUCACUUUCUGGUCUGUUCUUGUGACUUGGUUUUAUGGUCGAACAUUUGUGCUUGAGAGGAACGCUUUCAAAAUGCUUAAUUUGCAAUCAUGGGUUAUACCAAGAUUCCAUGUACAAUAUCUAUUCGAAUGGCAAAGAGAAAAAUUAAACAAAUUUGUACAAGAAGCUAUACUUGAGGCAGAGUUGAGGAAAGUUAAGGUUUUAAGUCUAGGCCUUUCAAACCAGGCAAACUUGCUCAAUAAAUAUGGUGAGCUUUACAUGAAAAGCUAUCCCCAGCUAAAGAUAAAGAUUGUGGAUGGCAGCAGUUUAGCUGUGGCUAUUGUUUUGAACAAUAUUCCGAAAGAUGCAAGCCAAGUGCUUUUUUGUGGUAAACUUAAUAAGGUUUCAUAUGCCAUUGCGAAUGCUUUGUGUGAAAGGGGCACUAAGAUUACAACAUUGUACAAGGAUGAUUAUGACAAUCUUCAAUUGAGGCUCCCCACUGAGUUCAGAGAGAGUUUGGUUUUCCCGGAAUCCUCUACUACAAAGAUAUGGCUAGUAGGAGAUCAACUUAACGAGGCAGAGCAACAAAAGGCCCCAAAAGGAUCAUUGUUCAUACCAUUUUCCCAAUUCCCUCCAAAGAAACUGCGAAAGGACUGCUUCUACCUUAGCACACCAGCCAUGGUGACUCCCCCUUCAUUAGUGAAUGUGCACUCUUGUGAGAACUGGCUGCCAAGAAGAGUGAUGAGUGCAUGGCGUAUAGCUGGAAUACUUCAUGCCUUGGAAGAUUGGAAUAUUAAUGAAUGUGGGGAUGUCAUGUUUAGCAUUGAGAAAGUAUGGCAAGCAAGUCUUUACCAUGGAUUUAGGCCAUUGAAGACUAACUUUCCCCUUGCUUGAAUUCUAAGUCAAUUCGCAUCUUUUGAAUCAGAAUAUGAAAUAUCACAGUGAAUAAGAAAUGUGCACAAUAUAUUUCGUGUAAUAUUUCCAGGUUAUAAUAUUUAGUUUUAGGCUUUGUCUAAUGUACACAACUACGAAUGGUGUACAUUCAUAUACAUUAUAUUUAUAAUGUAAUGAUGUCCAAUUGAGUUUAUAAUUAAUAACUUGAGUUUGUAAACUUAAAAACUAGAAUUUUAUAUAAUCAUUCCCGACUACAAUUCUAAGUCAA